AUGUCGGACCCUGCUGUGUGCGCCUUCCUCACCAAAGUGUUGUGCAGCCACGGGGGCCGCCUGGAGCGCGAGCAGCUGUCCAGCCAAGUCGCCGGCCUCUCGGAGCAGCAGCUGAGCCAGAUCCUGGAGGAGGAUGCGCCCGAGCGCUUCCUGCUGGUCCGGGCCCCUGGAGACCCGGGGGCCGCCUCGGCCCGCACCGUCUUGGCCGUCUCCGCGGUGCGCCUCUGUCCGUCGAGGGAGUGCAGCGGCAGCGACUGCGAGCGCCUCCACCUCUGCAAGCUCAAUCUCAUGGGCAGGUGCCGGGUCAGCCAAACUGAAAGGGCCUGUAAGUAUUCUCAUGAUGCCUUCUCGGAGCAAAACCGGAGGAUCUUGAAGAACCACGAACUCUCUGGCCUCAAUGAGGAUGAGCUGCAUGUUCUGCUUCUCCAGAAUGACCCUUUUCUGCUGCCUGAUGUAUGCAAACUUUACAACAAAGGAGAAGGAAAUUGUCCUGAAAAAGAAAAUUGCAGAAAACUUCACAUUUGCAGUUUCUUCCUCAAAGGAAACUGUCGUUUUCUCAGAUGCAAGAGGUCUCACAACCUUUUACAGCCGAAUAUGUUGAAACUGCUGCUUGAAGAAGGGGUGGAUGAUAAAUUAGCUUGGAAUAUCCAGAAAAUCCGUGAUCACAAAACUGCUGAAGUGGCCAGGGAAUUAGGACCGCUAAAAGUGCAUCCCCCGAAGCCCACAACUGCCCCGUGUGAAGAAAAAAAGAAACCAAGAGCUGGAAUUCAGGGAGAACACAGCCCACCCCCUAAUCAAGCUUCUCCAUCUGUUUCUGGAAACAAGGAUCUUCAGCAAGCUUACUCCUCACCUGCCUACAAGUCAACAGUGCGCUCUAGAGCAUUAAUUAAUGUGGUUGUUUUAUUCUUUUUUUUCCCUACAGAUGGCAAAGCAGCUCCUCCUUCCAAAUCUCCCCAGAUUGAAGAGAAAAAGAAAAGCGAUGAAAUCUGUCUGUUCUAUGUCUGGCAGUUCUGCAAAAAUAAAAAUAACUGUGAGAUGAUCCAUUACCAUCUUCCUUAUCGAUGGCAAAUAUAUACUGGAACUGACUGGAAAGAAUUGCCCCAAAUGGAGGAAAUUGAAAAAGCCUAUUGUGAUCCCUCCAUUACAAGUUUUCAAAACAUCAAUUUCAAGACCAUGAUGGCUUACAUUAAUCCAGUUCGGCGUCAGUCCACACCGUCGUCUGUCACCAAACCUGCCAAAUUUGUCUUAACAACCAAGUGGCUUUGGUACUGGAAGAAUGACCAGGGCCAGUGGAUUGAAUAUGGGAAACAGGAUAGACAGUGCUCAGGCUCCACGUUAAGUUCUGAUGACCUGGAGAAUAUAUUCUUGUCACAGCCAGACGACGGUUUCCAGUUCCAAGCAGGUUCCCAGAUAUAUGAAAUAAACUUUAAAGACAUGAUCCAGAAAAACGUGUACUUCCUCACUCAGAGAGAGGUCCGGAGACGCCCAAAAUAUGUUUCUCCUGAAGAUGUGAAGAGUAAGAAAGGCCACAGGGACCAUUCUUCAGCACCUAUUCCAGACCCGAUAUAUCCUAGAGACUGGGAUAAAUCUGCACUGCCUGCAAUUGGAUACAAGGCCAUUGAACUCAGCAAAGUCUCUUCAGAAUACACAACAAUUGAGAAGCUUUUUCAGAAGACAAUGGUUGAUUACAUCAUCCACAGCAUCCAGAGGAUUCAGAACCCAUCCCUUUGGCAAGUCUUCCAGUGGCAAAAGGAGCAAAUGAAGAAGAAGAAAGGGGGCCAGGACGUAAAGGAGGAGCUCCUGUUUCAUGGAACUGGCUCUUCUAAUGUAGAAGCCAUCUGCAGUGACAACUUUGACUGGAGAAUAUGUGGGACCAAUGGAACAGUCUAUGGAAAAGGAAGCUACUUUGCUAGGGAAGCAAAGUAUUCCCACCAAUACUGUCGGCUGGAUGCCAAAGGGAAAACUAUGUUUGUGGCUCGUGUUCUGGUUGGUGAUUUUGUGGUAGGGAAUCAAAGUUACAAUCGCCCCCCACUCAGAUCUUCUGUCACGACCCACUGCUACGACAGCUGCGUGGACAAGAUGAUUGAUCCGUCCAUCUUUGUCGUCUUUGAGAAGCAUCAGAUUUACCCUGCGUAUAUGAUCAGUUACAGCGAAGAAAAGAAAUGUAUUUUAGCAUAAAUAAUGACGUCUGCGACACUUGGACAAGUGUUUUUUACAAGCUUUUGUAAUAGCUCAGAUUUAAAGCAAUCCUUGCCUCCCGAAAUGCGUAAUAAAUGUUGAGGAAGCUAGGAGCCAUAUAUUCUGAAUUCUAACAAUGGUAUGUUAAUAUGUACUGCAGUAAGGAAAGGUUGGAUUUUUCUGGGGGAAAUGAAACAGUUUGCUACAAGCAAUUUCAUACUUUUAAAAAUGUUAAAGAGUUUGCAGUUUAACCUUUAAUGUUAUACGAUUUUUAUGGAUGGGUGUUGUACCCAUCAAAUGAUGUAGGACAGAGAAAUAGAUGCAUAUGUUCUUUGUUCUACUUGACGGAGAUUAAUUUUCGUUGUGCCAGGGACACAUGCAGCAUACUUGUGUCAAAAGAUACAGCUGUUGACCUUGGCCCUGAAUAGCUUUCGGUUGCACGCAGGAUGUUUAGCUGUUACUGAUCGUCUGUAUUCCGUAGCUUAGUCUACAAUGACCAGUUAAUGGUGAAUAGAUAAAACGCUUUUGAUCAUGAGACAGCUUAGCUCAAAUACGUUUGGCCGUUUUAUUACACAAUCGCAAUCGAACACAUGAAUACUUUCUUGGUUUUGGAUAAUUAGAAUGCUCCUGGCCAAAUGUACUAAACCUACAAGAAAUUACUGCUAAGCUCUGCCUAACAGUAACUAUGGCAAAAGUGAAUAGCCACCCUGCCAGCCAGAGAAAAAUGUUCCAGACACGUUUAGUAAGACUGGUGUUGUUCUCUAGAGGGUAUUGUGAUUAGUUGGUAGUGUUCUCACCUUAAUUUUUGACACCCCCUGCCCCCGCUUUACAAGUUCUUCUCGUACUGUGCUGCAAAAGUAGAGGAUGUAGUGUGUGUGGGUAACUGUAGGUUAAGGUAAUGUUUCUGUAAAGGUUUUUAAAAAUAAAGUUUUUUUAAAAUCA